AUGAAUACAAUAGUGGACACUACCGUGUUUUGGGGAAAAUUUCUAUACUAUGCUUUAGAAUCCUUAGUCUUCAACAUAAUUCCCAAGAGUAAAAAGGACAUUGCUGGUGAGAUUGUACUUAUAACAGGAGCUGGAAGUGGACUUGGUUUUGCUAGGCUUGGGGCCAUUUUAGUUCUCUGGGACAUUAAUCAAGAAGCCAAUAUGGAGACUUGUAGACUGGCCAAAGAAAAAGGUGUGAAAGCCUUUGCCUAUAAGUGUGACUGUAGCAGCAGGAAAGAAGUCUACAGAGUGGCUGAUCAGGUUAAAGAAGAAGUUGGUGAUGUGACUAUCCUCAUUAACAAUGCUGGCAUUGUGACAGGGAAGCCCUUCCUUGACACUCCAAACCACAUGGUGGAAAGAUCGUUUUAUAUCAAUGCUAUCUCUCAUGUCUUGACUUAUAAAGCCUUUCUUCCUGCCAUGAUUUAAGCUAACCAUGGUCACUUGGUCUGUAUUUCAAGUAUAGCAGGAAUGGUUGGUAUUAAGGGACUAUCAGGUGAGCACUUGAUUUCACCAUAUUACUGUGCAAGUAAAUUUGCAGCCUUUGGCUUUGCUGAGUCUGUCUUCGUUGAAUUAAACAACAUAAAGGAAAACAAAAUUAAAACCACCAUCAUUUGCCCCUUCUUCUUCAAUACUGAAAUGUUUGAGGGCUGCACAACCAAGUAUCCAUUUCUGUUACCUAUAAUGGAGCCAGAGUGUGUGGCCCAAAAAGUUGUCAACACUAUUUUAGAGGAACAAGUUUACCUCUCGUUACCCAAAUUUACAUAUAUUGCAAUGUUCCUUAAACAAAUAAUAUCUCCAAAAAUGAUGCUUGCCCUUGGUGAGUACCUUGGAGCAGACAGUACCAUGGUUUCUUUCAAAGGAAGACUAAAAGUAGAUGAACCUCAGACUGAAACGGAGAGGAAAUACUAG